AUGUCCGAAGCCGAGGAUCAUCGACGCUCUACAUAUGGGUCCACGACUCUGACAAACGGGACUUCGGAACGCAGGGGAACUGUUACCCUCUUCAACAACGAGAAAUUCCGUGCCCAGAUUCUCUCUGCGAUCGCCACCAUAGAGGCUUUGGUUGCAGGUGCUAGGCCAGAUCAGCCGCAGUUUGAAGCCAAUGGAGGCUCUGUGAUGGUCGUCAUCGUCCACUCUGGCCAUUUAUUGUUCGAUAGCAGGCAUAGUCGAUCUAUGUAUCGAGUCAACCCCCCUACUUCGGUGGCGGCACGGAAGCAGCUACCUCCCUCCGGUAGUGACAUCAAGAAUGAGAACUAUUGGAAUUGUGAGCGGCCCCUCCUAGCAACGGUGCCCUCAGCUUUGACACAAAAUAAAAGAAGAUUUCUCGCGCAAAGACUCCCUGACUGGAUUACACCGCCAGGUGGUGUAGAGUUUGGCACGGAAGUAGAGACGAACGACGGAGAUCUACCCAGCUACAACUUGCGGGUGUCUCUAUCUUCCGUGCUAACAUGUAACACCGUGGAUGCCUUCCCGGCAAAGUUCUCUCUUGAAGAGCUGACUCUUUAG